CAAUGUCAAUGUGAAUCAAUGAUUUGCACAGCCCCGAAGAACACAGGAAAACGUGAUGAAAUAAAAAAGCGAGAUUUACGGGAACAAUGAGUUCAACGACUCUGGAUGCAAGCCAACCCGAGAAGAAGAAGAAGAAGAAGAAGAAGAAGAAGAAAGAAGAAGAAGAAGAAGAAGAAGAAGAAGAAGAAGAAGAAGAACGCUUUGCGCUGAACGUUCCCGCCUUUAACUAUUUCCGCGGAAAAACAAAUGCCAGCUCACUUCAAAACCAACCACCUCCUUUUUCUGUAAGUGACAAGAAAAGCGCGAAGAGCGCGAGCUUCUCGAGCUUCUCCCUUUCUCCCAGACAUCACCUGAGAAACUGGAUGUCCGAGACUACACUUUUGAUUUCUAAGCCCCAUCGCAGAAACAAAGGAAUGUUAGAAUGCAUGGAAAUUUGAAUUUGGUGUUACUGGGAAAAAUAGGAGCCGGGAAAAGUGCCUCGGGAAACACAAUAUUGGGAAGACAAGCGUUUAAAUCAAAGGGAAGUUUCAGUUUAGUCACACAAGACAUAGCUGUGGAAACUGGGACCGUCUGCAAACAACGGGUCACCGUUUAUGACACACCGGGAUUAUCUAACGCGAAGCUGAGCGCUGAUAAAAUCCAGAAGAUGCUUGACAUUUUCAAGACAUGCGAAUCGGGUCUCUGCGUGUUCCUGCUGAUCAUCAAAACCGGCAGAUUUACCGAAAAAGACAGACUGAUCGUGAAGAGAAUCGAGGAGCUGCUGGGAGAAACACGUUUAAAGAAAACCUGGAUCGUCUUCACUGAAGGAGAUCAGCUGGAGAAGGAGAAGCUUGCGAUUGAUGAAUUCAUCCGUGAGAAUGAACAACUGGAGAGCCUUGUGAAAGAAUAUGAUGAGAGAUACCAUGUGUUCAACAACAUGGAAAAGGCCUCACCGGACAAGUUCAAGAGCUGCUUGGGAAAAUAUAUAAAGUGUGUCCUGAAACAAAAACAGAGUCCUGGUUAUGCAAAGUCUUGCGUGUGUGUGUGCAUGUGUGCGUGUGCGCGUUAGCGUUUGUGUGUUUGUUUUUUUGUGUGU